UAUUAAGAAGCAUAACAUUCCUGGAGUGAUUGUCCAGGGAAGAUACGACGUUGUUUGUCCUGCCGUCACUGCUUGGGAGCUCCAUAAGGCAUGGCCCGAAGCUGAAUUUCAUAUAGUUCCUGAUGCAGGACAUUCUGCUAAAGAGGCAGGAAUUUCUGCUAAGCUGGUGGCAGCGACAGAAAAGUUCAAAGACUUGUAACAUAUGCAUUUAGCGCUUUACAUAAAGAUAUGAAAGAGUUUGAAUCUUCUGAAUGCGACAGAAAAAUUGCCAUAGUAACUGGAGCCAAUUCCGGUGUUGGUUACGGCAUUGUCGAACGCCUUCUCGAGUGGGAUUGCGACAACCUGAUAGUUGUGCUAGCGUGUAGAAAUGAAGCGCGGGCCAUGGUUGCCUGGCAAUCGUUACUGCAAGAAUUCCCAAAAGCCAAGAUGGACAUCCUGAUUGUCGACCUUGGAAACUGUAAAAGCGUAUUGAAAGCAUGCAAAAGAGUCUAUGAAAGGUACAAGCGACUUGACUUCCUCUAUUGUAACGCUGGACUUCUCAGUGCUUCUGGACUUAGAUGGGGCGAAGUUAUCACCUUAUUUUUGAAGAAUCCAGUCAACUUCAUUGAAAGUUCGGACGCCACACAGCAGAUUGUAGGAGAGAUAAAUGACGAUAAUGUCGGUCUAGUGUUCGCAAGCAAUGUACUAGGACAUUACUUCAUGGUACGUGAGCUAGAACCUCUACUGAAAGCUUCUGGCGAUGGCAGAAUUAUCUGGACCAGUUCAGGCACAGCUGCGAGUUCGACAUUUUCCAUAGAUGACUGGCAGGGCAUCAAAGCAGAAGAGCCAUAUGAAUCAUCAAAAUGGGCGACCAAUAUUGCUGCCCUUUAUAUGAACGAGCAAUUUAAAAAGGACAACGCACCUAUUACAUCCGUUAUUACCUCACCCGGUGUCGUUGCUAGCAACAUCGGUAACUUGCCUGCAUGGAUCGGUCGAAUUAGACGAUCGGUCCAUUAUGCUUUCCGAUUUGGCGGUUUAACCUCACAGAAUAUAAACCCUUACAAUGGAGCCAUAUCCAAUGUCUACUGCGCUCAACUACCAUGCAAGGAACUGGAUCCUAACGUUGUGUAUAGCUCUUGCACUGAUCGAUGGGGCUACUCCUUUGUCGAUUUGCAUCCAAUUCAAAAUUACACUCCGGAAACGGCCAAAAUCUUGGUUGAUCGUUGUGAAGCACUUUAUCAAGAAUGGAAAUCAAAAGUUGAAGCAGAACAGGAUUGAGUAGUUGAUUACGAUUUUGACUUCUAUUGCUGCAAUAGCCGAUCAUUGGGUGGUGUACAUCGAACGAGUAUGAAAGGAAUGGGA